AGCACGUUUUAUAAGGGCUCAACCAAUAGCCGGCUGGGGAGGAGUCAGAGGAAGAGAGGCGGUGAGAGAAGGAAACUUACAGCUGGGCGGGGUUAAGCCAAUAGAGUGACAGUCGUGUCACAGGGACAGAUCCAGGGCACACAUAGUCAAUAUACACACAUAGACCAGCUAGACAGCAAUGGGUCUGGGCCGGCACAAAUUGACUUUGCUGGUUCUGAUCUUGUCAGUGUCGGUGCUGCUGUAUCUGCUGUUGCCCUCCGGCCAGUCCGACCCAGCGACGGAGCGAGAAAGCGAGUCCCUUUCCUCCGACCCCCAGAGCAACAUCACCGUGCGCAGCGCGACCCUCUCAGGGGACUGGCCGACUUUCUACAGGGAGGCGGUGCCGCGCAACGGGGUCGGCUCGGAGAGGUUUGCGGUGCUGCUGCUUCACGGUCGCUCCUUCACCUCCAAAACAUGGCAGGAUCUGGCCACUCUGAGCAGCCUAGCGGAACAUGGGUACCGAGCUGUGGCCAUAGACCUUCCAGGCUACGGAGAAUCUCUACGUGCUCAGCCCAUGUCUUCAGAUAAAGGGCGCACUGAUUACCUUCUUCAUGUUAUGGAGAAUCUGGGGACACGUCAGCCAGUGUUGGUCUGUCCUUCUAUGAGUGGGCUUUUCUGUCUGCCGCUCCUCAUGCAGCACCCUGACCGACUGAGAGGCUUCGUCCCCAUUGCACCAGUGGGCACCAAGAGCUUCAAACAGGAGCAGUAUCAGCAGAUACAGGUUCCCACCCUCAUUGUAUAUGGGACUCUGGAUACCAACUUAGGAAGCCAGUCCCUGGAGAGCCUUCGGCUACUGCCUCUUCACCGGCUGGUUCCACUGGAGGGAGCUGGCCAUGCAUGUUACCUGGAUAGACCAGAAGAAUUUCAUGCCACUCUAAUUCAAUAUCUGAGUAAUCUUUGAUCACCUCACUGCUACAAGAAAACAUGGACAGGCAGAGUUGUUGGUGGGUGCAGAAGUGGAAGACGGUUUCAGAGGUAUUUUAGCCAGAGAAUCGGGCCUACUGGAACGCAUAGAUAUGCAAUGGCAAAUGCCAAAGAGUUAUGGAAGUAGGAUUAAUGCCCUGUUGACCCAAAGGAGUCUGUGAGUCUAGGGUCUUGCCUAACUAAACAGGAACAUUAUGGACAAUAAGGAAAGCUUGAGAAAGAUGUGUAUAGAAGGGGUGUAUGUAGGUUCUCGUAGGAGUGUACAUUAUUGUGUCUAACAGCCUAGCCUUUAGUACUUUAGUAUUUAUGGUGUGGAGAUAUACAACACCCAGAGUUCAUAUAGGUAAAAAAUUAUGUUUUCUGUAGGAUGUAAAAAGAAUGUAUUAAAAUCGAGAAGUAUUUUUAUUGCAAUCUUCUGAUUCAAAGCGAUACCGACACGUUCCUAUAAAAAUCAUAGGAACGUGUCAGUAUCAAGUAGUUGCUGCACCCUGAAUAUUUUCCCUCAAAGCCCCCUUCAAAUCCGCCCCCAGCCCCGCGAACCUGCUUUAACCCGACCCUCCGACACUUCUAAAAGAUCUUCUGUGCAGUUUCAGUGACACUGGGCUGGGGGGCAGCUAGAUCCUUCCAUAGGCUAAUUACAAAUGAAAACAGGACUUGCUCCUCCCCCAGCCCAGUGUCAUAAAAGCUAGGCAUAAGAUCCGUUGGUAGUGUGAGCAGGUCGGCUACGCAAAGGUUUGUGGGGCUGGGAGGCGGCUUUCAGGAAAAAUAUUCCGGGUGCAGCAAGUACUUGAUACUGACGUAUUCCUAUGAUUUGUUUAGGAAUGUGUUAGUAUUGCUUUAAGGGAUGGGGAGAAGUGUACUUUUUUGCACAUUGCUCUGUGAAAAUAUUAGAAGUAGAGGGGGGGGCACUGCAACCAUUUCAUUUAUUAAAGGCAAAAUGUCCAGGUUUUUUUCCAUGUGCAGCUGUAGCACAGUAUUGUUCUUUGUUGUGUCACAGCAUCUGCUAAGCAUAUGAACUGUACACUGGUUUGGCUGAAUGUUCAACCCUGUAAAGUGUGUGGCUGAAAGACCUAAGCAACUGAGACUUUCCUAGGUACCUUACAUAAUAUGGUCUCAUUUGUUUAAUUUUGGGUGACUUCUAAUAUCAGUGUGUAAGGCAAACAUCGAGGCAAUAUUGUGAGUUACACCAACCUUUCUUUCUUUAAUCAGACUAAUAGCACAACCUACAGGGGGAUCUUAGAUCAUCAGACCAGCUUUGACAUUCACUAAAAAUGAGCUUUAUAAACUGGGCAAAAAUAAUGUUAAAAUGUAUUGAAAUACAACAAAAAUAUACUUUUUUGAAAACAUUAAAAAUGUUAUUUGAUUGUG